AUGGUUUUCACGGCUGCUGAACUUCCUAAGUUCACUACGCAUCCAGCAACAUUCAUUCCAACAGUAUUUGGUGGACAUGUACUGGUAUAUGAAAGCCGUUCACAUCCAGGACAUCGGCGUGAAUUCGCUUUCAAGACUCGAUUUACCAAUCAAUCGGGUGUCAGCUCAUGCUAUUAUCGGUGUAUGUCUUGUCGUAGUAUGAAGAAUAAGGUACCACCAGGACCAGAUGGAAAACCACCCCAAAUUCCGUGUAUCGCUGUGAAAAAUGGAUUCAUCGUGAAUGAUCCCGAUUUUCCGGAAGCAAAUGAUCAUUUCUGCAUUCCACCAACACUUGAUGAAUCUCGGCAGCGUGAAGCGAACGGUUUUGCAAAGGCUAUUGUUAAAGGACGUCCACGACAAAAGGCAACUCGAAAGAAUAAUACCGGUGGUGGUAUCGGUAAUGGUAGUAAUCUUAAGAAAGAUUCGGUAAUAGCAGCACAACUGCAAGCAUAUCAGGAAAUGAGUAAUGCAUUGCUGAACGGUUCUGCUGGAAAUAUCUUCGACAUCUCCAGUAUUGCUGGUGGUUUCGAUCUUAGCUCCGACUUUACGGCAUCUUCUGCUUCGCAACUAUUAAGUUUGGUUACCGGUGGAGUAAAAGGUGAGCUGGAUUCAGCGGGUGAUAGCAGUGACUUCCUGAAUAACAUCAAAAUUGAAGAUGAUGAUAGUGAUGGUACCGCAAAAGCAACCCAUCUGCUUGCAUCGCUAAUAAGUUCAGAACCAGCUUUACGAACACAAAUGAUGCUACCGGCAACAGCUCAUCGGACUAAUGUGCUACCUUUAGCAAUAGCAACAUCCGCUAUACCUACUAGUAGCGGUGGUACCGAAGAUGAACAACUGAACAGUAUAAAUGGCCCUGACACUCGUAGUAGUCCAGAAAGUAGUACAGCUGUGGUUAUCAAUUCAUUGCAAAAUUCAGAUUCUCGACCACCUUCCGUAAGUUCUUCAUCGGCUUCCGUACCUCUUUCUGGUAUCACGGUUCCAACAGUGUUAGUCAAUGGUUUAUCAACAAGUAGCCGGAAACGAAAAGGCAAUAGUGGAAAUUCACUCGAGAAUCAUUUUGAUGAAAUUUUCGAACGAUAUAUACUCAACAAUUGGGAGAUUGUUGAUAAUGGUAAAAGACCUGAAAAUAUUGCUGAACAUACCUGUGCAUUAAUCCUUUCAUUGGCUCGAAAGAUUCCGCAAGCAGUAGCAUCAAUGAAAGAGGGCAAAUGGACAAGGACAGAACCAUACGCCGAAGAGAUUUUUGGAAAAUCAUUAGCGAUUAUUGGCUUAGGGCGCAUUGGUUUAGAAAUAGCAAUACGUAUGCAGGUCUUUGGUAUGCGAACAUUUGGGUAUGAUCCACAGGUUACACAAGAAGAAGCCGCUCGGCAUGGUAUUAGAUGGCUCCCCCUGGAUCAACUUUGGCCUCAGGCUGAUUAUAUUGUCAUCCAUGUACCACUGAUACCACGUACCAAAAAUUUAUUGUGCGCUUCAACGUUAGCUCGCUGUCGAAAAGGUGUGAAAAUAAUUAAUAUGGCUAAAGCUGGUAUCAUGAACGAAGUUGAUAUGUUGCAAGCUUUAAACAAGGGACGUGUCGGUGGUGCAGCCUUUGAUGUUUAUGUAGAGGAUGCUCCGCUUGUUCGUGGGUUAGUUGAACAUCCAAAUGUUAUUUGCACACCGCAUAUGGGUACUAGUCCCUUGCAAGGACAUCAACGAAUUGCAAAUGAAAUUGCAGAAAAUAUUGUUUCACUGAAUAAUUCGACUGGUCCAUAUGGAGCGAUGAAUGCAGCAGCGGCUACAGCUGCAUUGGAUGAGGCUAAAAGUCAGUGGAUUCGUGCUGUAGCAACAUUAACGCAAACGUUGGCCGUAAUCGGGAAUUCGCCAAGAGCGGUUACUGUACGCUUCCCUAACUCCCUUGUUAGCCUCCAAAAAGCUUUACAUGCUGGUGCUGUUGUUGGUUUGAUGUAUGCAUCUGGAAAUAUUGGUUCAAAUCUGGCAGCUGCUGAAAUGAAUGCACGAAAAGAAGGUAUACAGAUACGUGAAGAACCAUGUGCAGCAAAAGAAUUGAUUGUUGUUGCUGGAACGCGAAGCGUUAGUGGUUAUCCGGCUCCAACAGGCACUAUAAUAUCUGCAUUCAAUUCAUGCAAAGUACCUGUACCUCUCUUAGCAAGUGGAACAUUUAUCAUGGAUUUCUCGGAUAGUCAUUCGUUUGAUAUCAGUGAUGAUGAUAUAAAGGUAAAAUUAAUAAUAUAUAUUAGUAAUAUGCCUGUUCUAAAAAAAAAAAAAAAAACAAACAAACAAACAAACUUUUAG